UGUUUCAAUCCUCCGAAUCGAACGAGCAAAUAUUUACUCUGGACUUAUAUGUGCAAGGGGCGUCUCUGUUUGGCGGACUACUAAUACACCCUUCUCUUUAUUUUCCUACAAAUUGUUCAUGGUGUUGUCCUUCACCGGGUGCCGUGGAUGUAGAAAAACUUAGCACAAAGUUCAUCUUCCCCGGCUGCGGUGGGUGUAGAAAAUCUUCGCGCAAAAUUCACCAGGCUGCGAUGUAAAGAAACUUUCAUUUUGAGUUCUUUUCUCUUCACAUUUUCAUUCCUUUUGUGAAUUGCAGUGCACUGCAUGCUUUUUUCGGAAGAAGAGCUACAAUACAAGGAGCGGUGGAGUUACAGUGGCACUUCUUAGAUUGAAAGGCUUCCAACAACUUACAAUGUGGACUGCAGAACAAAGAAAAUCUACACGUUACCUUAAGUGACCAGAUGGUUCACUCAGAAUACAUAAUACACAAGGACUUGAGGUUAUUAAGUUUGACGGAGUCCAGCAUUUUAGUGAGUUGAACAUCAUGAGUGCAGAACCCUUUAAGCGGUUGGUUAAGCUUGUGGCAAGGGCCUUUUAUGAUGAUAAUCCUACAAGAGCAGAGAACCAACCAAAAUCUGGAAGAAGUGAUAACAGGGGAAUGGCAGUUGUGGUCCUUGAUGCUUUAACAAGGCGGCAAUGGGUUAAAGAGGAUGAUUUGGCUAAGGAUCUAAAGCUACAUUCAAAACAACUUAGACGUACUUUACGAUUUUUUGAAGAAGAGAGACUAAUUACCAGGGAUCAUCGUCGUGAGACUGCAAAGGGAGCAAAAGUUUUUAAUGCUGCUGUAGCGGCUACAGCAGAUAGUCAACAAAAUGGAAAAGAAGGUGAAGAGAAGAUAAAGCUUCAUACCCACUCUUACUGUUGUCUGGAUUAUGCACAGAUAUAUGAUGUUGUAAGGUACAGAAUACACCGGAUGAAGAAAAGAUUGAAAGAUGAGCUAGAGGACAGGAAUACACUUCAGGAAUAUGUCUGUCCUAAUUGUCAUCGAAGGUAUUCAGCCUUGGACGCACUUCAACUGAUUAGUAUGAGUUCAGAUGGUUUUCACUGUGAAAACUGCAAUUCUGAACUUAUUGCCGAGAGUGACAAGUUGGCUGCAGAAGAAAAGGGAGAUGGAGAAGACAAUGGGAGGCGUCGAAGGCGUGAGAAGUUGAGAGAACUACUGGAAAAAAUGGAGGAACAACUGAAGCCACUGAUGGAACAGAUAGCAAGAGUGAAAGAUUUGACUGUGCCUGAGUAUGGCAGUCUCCUUCAGUGGGAGGCUAGAGCAAUUGCUGCUGGGCGUUCUGUUAGUGGGGACCAUAAUGCAAAUGAAUCAUCAAAAUCUUCUCAAGGGCAAGGAUAUGGUGGAACUCCAAUGCCCUACCUUGGUGAGACAAAGGUUGAGGUAGCUCUUUCUGGAAUGGAUGUCAAAGCAGAGGAUUCUAAGGAUGAUGUAUCUGUUAAAGUCCUUCCUCCUUGGAUGAUCAAACAGGGAAUGAAUAUUACUGAUGAACAGCGUGGUGAUGUGAAACAUGAGUUAAAGUCGGACAGCGGUUUGUCUUUUGCAGGUCCUACUUUAGACAGGAAGCCUGGAGAUGACAAAGGAGCUGUUGAUCAGAAUAUACAGGAAGAGUACAUUAAGGCAUAUUAUGCUGCAAUCUUUAAGCAGCAGCAGCAUGCAGAAGUAAUGGCUGCUGCUACAACAGAAGCAGCUCCCUCUGAGCGUCAGGUUGGAAUGAAAACCAAACGUGAAGAGGAAGAUGAUGAAGUAGUUGAAUGGGAAGAUGCUCCAAUAGCAGGUGCCAGUCAUGAAGGAGGUGAAAUUGGAAAUGCUAAAGACAGUUUGGAUGAAAUCAGUUCCCAAGGUCGUGUAUUUACCGAGGAUAAUGUACCUGUGGAAGAAGAAGAAGAAGAUGACAUCGAUUGGGAAGAAGGUUGAGGAUUUAGAUGUGAUGCUUGAUGUUGAAUGCCAUUUUGAUUGGCAGAUAUUCUUUCUACACCAGUAUUAAAGAAUUCUAUAUUUGUUCCAUUUUCAUGAUACAGAUUGAUUUUUGCCAGUAAAAUAUAUCAAAUUAUGUUUGUAAGUCUGCAUGUACAGUGACAAGUUUUCUUAUCGUUUGGAAAGAUAAAAGUGAGACAACUGUUUUAGGCCAAAAGUAAUUUGUUCACAAAGCGAUAAUUCUUAGGGUUUGAGAUUACAGAGGAUAUAAUUAGUUUUGAAGAUGUGUAAAAUCAUUAAACUGAUCAUAUUUGGCAAAGAUCUCUUGUAUAUGAUGACUGUUCUUCGCAUGGGAAAACAUUAAAUGGAUAUUCAUCUUAUUGUGUCUAUGA